GUACAAAUAUUUCUCCACAUACACACAUGCUUGCUUCUAUUCCCCCUCCAACCCAAAAAUCCAAUACAAUCCACAGCAACUCAAAAAAACAUAGUCCCACAAUUAAUCAUUUGCAGCAUUACUUACUACACAUUCUCUCCACUGAUUUUCAUUUUAUUUUGAUCUCUGUCGCAUAGCUUCCAAGAAACUUCGCCAUAUUAUAAAAGAACAAGCCUUAUCGACCGUACACCUGGCUGUCUCAGGGCAGAAUCGGUGCACAGCCCUUGUGUGCUCUUGCUAUGUACCUUCUAAUUCAAGAAACUAUGGCAGCAAAAACAGCAGCAACAGUAGCAAGAAGCAAAUUCUUGAUGGGAAAAUGCAAGAAUUGGCCGAUAAUCUUACCCAUCAACUACAGAAUCAAGAAAAUAUUAUUGAACCAUUUACGCUCAAGAGUAAUCUCAAGAGAACAACAGUUGUUAAUGAACAUUCAAGAAAAACAGUAAAAUGGCCUGAUGCUUAUGGUAAAGAAAUUGCUCAUGUUCAUGAGUUUGAGCCCAGCAUAAGUGAAGAUGAAGAACUUGAAGGAGUAAGAAACUCUUGUAUUUGUACAAUACAAUGAAGAAGAACUACCCCCAAGGUAUGAUGGCAGGAUGCUCAUAAUUGUAGUACAAACACACUAAAAACAUACUCUUUUUUGUUGUGUUUUAUGUCUAUUAAACAUUGAAUUUUGCCCUGCUGAGAUCAUGCAAUUCAUUAAUAAAUUUGGAUAAUUGAUAAUC